AAAUAUUUCUAGCAGAGGAAGAAAGAUAAUCUGCUUAUUUUUUUUCUGAUUUAGGUUCUUUGGUCUCAUUAAUAGAUGCUGAUAUCUUGUUAAUGGCUGCUAUCUUAAGAGCAAAAUCAUGACCAGUUUUUGCAAAACAAGGGAUGAAAAUAAAAGUGUUUCCUUCUCUGUCAAUGGAUCCAGUUUUGUGGGAUGUCUGCUUGCUUUUAUUUAUAUUGGUUUUUAUUUACGAUUCUCCUCAAGUGUUAAAAUCGGAGGCGGCGAUUCUGAACACUAGAAGUAUCAAUAAAUCUGAUACUGUUAAACAUUUACUAGAAUUAGAGAAACAGAAAUAUCAAAUGUGGGAAGCUGCUAAUUAUGGAAAAGAUCACUUCUAUACCGACUUGGUUGUACUUCAAACAACGGACAGCAACAGCACUUUUCAGAUUGCAAAGGAAAAUGGACUUUCCUUCAUCAGGAAGGUAUUUAAAGAUGACGAUUAUUAUCUGUUUCGUCACUCCAUCAGCUGCAAACGAUGCCGUAGAAGUGCACGUGACGUUCUGAAGAAAAUUGUGAGGCAUCCAUCGGUGAAAUGGGCAGCACAACAAACAUCAUUGCAUCGAGUGCAGAGAUCGGAAGUGAAGCGCUUCUACCAUAAUGAUAUUCAUAAAAAACAUUUAACUGCCAGAGAUAAAAGUCCCAUUUUGAAGUUUUUAAAGACACUCAGAAGAAAGCCUCUAAUCUUCAAUGAUCCUCUUUUUGAAGAACAGUGGUACUUGCACAACAGGGGCCAGACCGGGGCGCCGCCGGAAAAUGAUAUCAAUGUGCUUCCGGUGUGGAAGUCGGGCAUAACCGGCCGUGGUGUUCGGAUCUCUGUGUUGGAUGAUGGAAUUCACAGGCAAAGUGCCGAGGUGGCUGACAACUACGAUUCCGUUUCGAGUGAAGAAUUUUCGUACAUAAAUCUUGAGUAUACUCCAGUCCCAGAAAACAGCCAUGGUACAUACUGCGCUGCCAUAGCUGCAGGCGUUGCCAACAACAAGGUAUGUGGUGUUGGAGUAGCAUACGAGGCAAAAGUAGGAGGUGUAAGAGUUUUAAAUGGACCUAUUACAGAUGUGCAAGAGGCUAUGGCGCUUGUGCAUGCAUUAGACCACGUAGACAUUUAUACUGCUUCGUGGGGACCUGUCGAUGAUGGUAAAAAUAUGGGUGCUCCAGAAAUUUUAACCAAAAUGGCGUUUUUGAAAGGUAUUAGUAAGGGCAGACAAGGCAAAGGUGCUAUCUAUGUGUGGGCUGCAGGGAAUGGAGGUCGCUACCAAGACAACUGCAACCUCGAUGGCUACGCUUCCAGCCCAUUUACUGUGACCAUCGGUGCCCUCGCAGCAGAUGGACGAAGUACCUAUUAUUCGGAGCCUUGUGCUGCCGUCAUAGCCUCUACUUAUGUAGGAGGCUCUCAUAUUUUUCCUAAUGCGAAGCAGAUACAAGAAGAAAGACGAAAAAUCAAAGUGGUUGUUCCGGAAGGAAGAGGGAAAUGCAGAGAAACAUUUCAGGGUACUUCCGCAGCUGCUCCUAUGGCGGCAGGAGUGAUAGCUCUCGUGCUACAAGCUAAUCCAAACCUCAGCUGGCGUGACAUUCAGCACAUCAUUGUGGAAACAGCCCGCCUUCCCGCACUAAGAGAAGACGGAUGGAUGAUAAAUGCAGCAAAAAAACAUAUCCAUUUGAAAGUCGGGUUUGGGAUUCUGGAUGCGGAAAAAAUGGUCAAAGCAGCGAAUGAAUGGCAGCCUGUUAAACCGCUUCACAUUUGGGCAUCUCCACCGUACACAUCCCCGAAGUUCAUCCUCCCAAAGGAAGAACAGUCCAUUUCUUUGGUGGUCCAUAAAUCUGCUUUUCAGACUCUACAGCGAAUAGAUCGCCUUGAGAGUGUUGUGGCUACCGUCAAUAUUUGUCAUCCGAGGUGUGGAGAUUUGGAAAUAUACCUUAUUUCCCCAUCUGGUACAAUAUCUCAGGUACUUACCAGAAGAACAUACGACAACGAAACGACUCAGUUGCCUUAUUGGGAUUUUCUGUCACUUCACUUUUGGGGAGAAGAUCCUGAAGGACGAUGGACUUUGAAUAUUUCAAAUGUUGGUAGUGAUGAAAUGGGGACGCUGGAUUUUUUCUCGCUCACAUUAUACGGAACAUCCUCCUGAAGUCCAUCUGUUGUUAUAGUCUAUGAGGAAAACACUAUAGAAACGCAAGUCCAGUGCUGCGACUAUCAUCACUGAGAUGCAUAUUGGUUUUACUUGUCCAGUGUUCUGACCUCUGUAUUUGCGGUCCAUUUAAUUUGUCCAGUUUAAGAUUACUUACACACCGUGCCUGUAGAUUUAGACUUUUUGAAAAUUAAUCCUCUUUUGGAAAGAGAAAGGCCAGCUAUAGAUUCUUAAGUUUGAAACAAAUGAGUAUAGUUCCAAAGAUAUUGUAAUGUACCUCCCUUUUACUGUACUAAACUAAGUGUUGAGGAACUUCGUGAACUACUAAGCGAAUAAUUGCCCAAGUCCAGGAGCAGAAACGUAAACUCAAGAAGGGUUAAUUACCCUUUAUUUGCUCAAAAUAAAGAUUUACAGUUGCCCCCUUUGUCAGGGCGUACAACAAAGCCUCCACUUAGUCGUAAACUCAAAAUGUGAGAAAUAAGAACUAACUAAUGUCUAACUAAAGCGAUUUAGCCGAAACUGACAUAAUUCUAAACUAGUUGGCCUGUACUAUUAACUUAGCUAGCGAAGCUAUCAAAAGGCACGUAAUACGGUCGAGCGUAGUAACAGUUAGGGAAACGUAGCCAAAGGCAAACACGCGCUACUUAGAGAGAGUCCUAACUAUCUCUGUCGAUGUCAGUGCAACUGUGACUUAAAUACUUUCUACAUCUCAUUUGCAUUUAACGCGAUUCUAAAAACUCAUUCUGGUAAGGAAUUGUAAGCUGAAGCUAGAAGAGAUGGGAAAGUGAUAUAAAAUUAAAAUAACUGUUACUAAAUUUUAAAAAUACCUUACAGUUUAAUGAUGAAAAUUUGUGAAGGGUAGCUAGUUAUGAAGUUACGUACAAACUACUAUCUUGCAAAUAUUACAAAUGGGGUUAAAGCUUUCACAAAAAAUAAUAUCCACCGAAGGAACAUCCAUUGAAGUAAACAAUAGCUAACUAGUAACUUAUUAGUUCCACAACAAUCAAAAUAAUGUGUCUUAAAAUAUUUGCAGCUUGCAAUAAAAAACAUCUUUUAUGUAAACUGGCAACAAUAAGAACCUCUAUACAAAUAAUUAUUUCAGUUGUUUAUUAAAAAAAGAUAACGAACUAAUUUUGCUGUCAACAAACUCACGAGAAGUUAAUUCUUAUCGAACGUUUCAGUAAUUUCCUUGAAGAAUCUGACUCAUGCCUAAGUUUAGCUCUUUAGAGAGUAGGUAGACAAUGUAACUAGGUUGUCUAACAAAAUAUCAGUCACUUGUUAGUACAACCCACCUUUAUUAUACCUUCAUAAUUCCGUUUUCUUCCAUAUUACCUUAUUAUGUUUACUCUUGGAGUGAGUAAAACGAUUCGAAACAAACAAACAGCUAAAGAAAACGGCAAUUAAAAAUUUAAUUGGUUAGUUAAACUCAGUAGAAAAAAUCAAACAAAAUUCUUUCAUGUUAAAAAGAAAUAAUAACGGCUUAGUAUUAUAAUUCUUUUAACUGGAGGCUAU